CGGGAGGCGGCGUCCGUCGCUCCAGCUGCGAGUCCGCCCGCCGCCCGCCGCCGCCGCCGCCGGCUCGGUCCCGCGCCCGCCGCCCGCCUUCGCCCGCCAUGGCCCGCCUAACGGAGAGCGAGGCGCGCCGGCAGCAGCAGCAGCUCCUGCAGCCGCGGCCCUCGCCAGUGGGCAGCAGCGGCCCCGAGCCCCCCGGGGGGCAGCCCGACGGCAUGAAGGACCUGGACGCCAUCAAGCUCUUCGUGGGCCAGAUCCCGCGCAACCUGGACGAGAAGGACCUCAAGCCGCUCUUCGAGCAGUUCGGCCGCAUCUAUGAGCUCACGGUGCUCAAAGACCCCUACACGGGCAUGCACAAAGGCUGUGCCUUUCUCACCUACUGUGCCAGGGACUCCGCCAUCAAAGCUCAGACUGCCCUGCACGAACAGAAGACCUUGCCCGGGAUGGCACGGCCAAUCCAGGUGAAGCCUGCGGACAGCGAAAGCCGAGGAGGUAGGGACCGGAAGCUGUUUGUGGGGAUGCUGAACAAGCAGCAGUCAGAGGAGGACGUGCUGCGGCUGUUCCAGCCCUUCGGGGUCAUAGACGAGUGCACCGUGCUCCGGGGGCCCGACGGCAGCAGCAAAGGCUGUGCCUUCGUGAAGUUCUCCUCCCAUACGGAGGCUCAGGCGGCCAUCCACGCCCUGCAUGGCAGCCAGACCAUGCCGGGUGCCUCCUCCAGCCUGGUGGUCAAGUUUGCUGACACGGACAAGGAGCGGACGCUGCGGCGCAUGCAGCAGAUGGUGGGCCAGCUGGGCAUCCUGACGCCGUCCCUCACCCUGCCCUUCAGCCCCUACAGUGCCUACGCCCAGGCUCUCAUGCAGCAGCAGACAACGGUCCUGUCCACCUCAGGCAGCUACCUGAGCCCUGGCGUGGCCUUCUCACCCUGCCACAUCCAGCAGAUCGGCGCCGUCAGCCUUAACGGGCUGCCCGCCACACCCAUCGCCCCUGCCUCUGGACUGCACUCGCCCCCGCUGCUCGGCACCACCGCCGUGCCCGGCCUUGUGGCUCCGAUCACCAACGGCUUCGCAGGUGUUGUGCCCUUCCCUGGCGGGCACCCCGCCCUAGAAACCGUAUAUGCCAAUGGCCUUGUGCCCUACCCAGCUCAGAGCCCGACGGUGGCCGAGACCCUUCAUCCCGCCUUCUCCGGAGUACAGCAGUACACAGCCAUGUACCCCACCGCGGCCAUCACGCCCAUCGCGCACAGCGUCCCCCAGCCGCCGCCCCUCCUGCAGCAGCAGCAGCGAGAAGGUCCCGAAGGCUGUAACCUGUUUAUCUACCACCUCCCCCAGGAGUUUGGAGACACGGAGCUGACGCAGAUGUUCCUGCCCUUCGGCAAUAUCAUCUCCUCCAAGGUGUUUAUGGAUCGGGCCACCAACCAGAGCAAAUGUUUUGGCUUCGUGAGCUUUGACAACCCGGCCAGCGCGCAGACCGCCAUCCAGGCCAUGAACGGCUUUCAGAUCGGCAUGAAGAGGCUCAAAGUGCAGCUGAAGCGGCCCAAAGAUCCGGGACACCCCUACUGACCGGCCCACAGCGCCCCGAGGCUGCGGGCUUGGCCCAGGUGAGCCGCCAGGCGGCCCCGCCCCUGCUCCCGCCCCCACCCCGGUCUUGUCCGCACCCCCUCCUCAUUCUCCAAACCCUCCCGAGGCUGGGGGGAUGCUGCAAGAGGCUACAAGGAGCCCCCAGGUUUGGUUGACGGGGACAGAGCUGGACGAAGACACCCCCAAUCCCCCCCCACCCCCCACCCCCGUGGUCAGGGCUGGAACCGGAGCAGUAGGAUGGGGUUGGGGAGGGUAGUUAGGGAAUCCUUCCUGGAGAAGGCUUUGAAGGAUGAAAAAAAGUUCACCUGAGAGAUGGGGCUUGGUCUGGGGUGGGGGCGGGCUCUGGGGAGGUGUUGCUGUCCUGUCCUAAGAAUCUGUUCUCUCAGCUGGGCCCCUCUGGGAGCUCUUCAUUUGGCAUAAUUCAUACCCAGUGGGUUGAUGGGAGAGUGGAAUAUUUGCCCCACCCGACAGCAUGCGGCGGGGUGUGUGUGUCGGAAAUCCCCUCGAACAGAUGAGCAAAUCCCCAAGAGUGUUUGUGCCAUCAGAGUGAACACCUCUGUCAACUCAUCGCUUCUUUGGGGAAUGAGCCGUGAGCCUCAGGGGCCAAUGGGGAAACUUAUAAGUGAGCCCAAGCCUUGGCAAGCCUCAUCUGUGAAAUGGGCCCGUGCCUGUGGCCUCUUCCAGGGGUCGCGGGGCGGAUUCACGGGGCACUCGGUGUUUUCCCGGCUGAGCCCAGGACCAGCCACCUGGAAAGCUCUGGAUAAGUCGUUUUGAUAUUUUCCUCUUAACCGCCGUCACCAUCAUCAUCACAGAGGCUCCUCUGGGGUCUGGUGCGAAGCAGGUGCUCAGUGAGGGGCCGCUCCCAGACCCUGCCGGGGCAGCACCCACAGAUUCGAGGGUGUUCAGUCACCGGGUCGUGGGUCGUCGGGGGCGCGCUCGCGGAAAUCCGCCACCAGAAGCCAACAACAGGAUUUCGGCGUGCUUUGAACAUGCUGACAGCAAAUCCUCACUAAGCACCUACUGUGCGCCAGACACUGUUUCCAGCACCACGAACGAACAGAAAUGGGGGCGGGGAACCGCUUCGUGGAGCUUCAGGGGCAGGGAGCUGGGAAGAGGAGGCAGAAAGAAAUGUUUGUCCCCAGUGGCCGGAUGAGGACACGGGCUUGGCGACCCUCGGUCCCUUCCAAGCCGGGUGUGUCAGCCUCCAGACCCCGAAAUGGACUCUUUCUGCAAAGGUGGGGGCCCUUGGUUCCCAGACCCCAGCCUGGCCAGGGCAGGGGGUGGGUGGGAGGUGAUGUCGUCGGCCGACGUGACUCUCCCGCUCCCAGCGCCGCGCCCUAACGCCCCUCCCUUCUCCGCCAGGUGAGGGGCCUUCCCACUUCCAACCGAUCCAGGACUUUUACGUAAAUUACAACUGAGUUUGGACACCAGCCCCCCCCUUCCCCCCGACCCCCUCCCCAUAAUGUGAAACGCUGCCCAAGGCCACAUGGAAUGGGGAGGGGGCUUCAUGGUCUGCGGGGGACUCCUGAGUUGGGGGCCAAGGGGUUCACUGCCCCCUCCUGGGAGAUUUCCUCGCUCCCACCUUCCUCCCACACACACAACCUUUGUGGCUUCCCCAAAUGAAAUCGCAACUUUUCCUAUAUAUAUAUAUGCAUAUAUAUAUAGAGCUAUAGACAGUAUAUAUAUUUUUUGAGUAUAGAUCAAGGGACCAAACUUUUCCGACUUCCUUCCAUCCAAGAGAAGGUGACCCUGGGCCGGUCACUCAGCAGGGACGCUCAGAAGGGCUGAGGCUGGCGGGGCAGCCCAGUGUCCCCCACCUCCCGCUGUCAUGUCAGACCAGGGCGCUGGCCAAGCACUGGGAAUCAUCAGCCAACGCGAUAUACCUCCAGGACUUUUGACACCCCCCUCCCCCCGCCAUCGACGAUUCUCGCGAGCCUGUGGGCUCAGCCGGCUUCAGUGUCCCUGGUCCUAGCUGCAGCUUCUGGAACCCCCAUCCCCUUCGUUCCAGGGCCCUGCCUUCCCCAGUUGUAGGCACAAAACAGACCCCUUGGCCUCUCCCACCCUCUCCCCUCCCCAGUCAUAGCCUUACUCAUGUGACCAGUAGCCCUUAGCUUUCCGUCGGGGACAGACAGGGUCGGGGGAGCCCCCCACCCCUGGAGCCCCUUCCCAAGGGUAGGCGGCCACCCUCCCUGCCUUUGGAUCACCAGCCUGGAAUUCACAAUCUCAUGACCAAGAUCGCCACGUGCACUGGACAAGCCCAGCUUGCACGGGCUCAGCAUCCCUUCACCGGAGAUACCUCUACAAAGUUUUUUUUGUUUUUUUAAUCUUUCUGAGCAGGUACAAAGAAGAAAAGAAAUGGGGGGGAAAAUCAAACGACAGUGGAUUUUUGUUUCCUAGUUGGGGUGGGGAGGGAAAUCCUGUGGGGUGCCUCUGUAUAGCUACCCAAACCGUGAAAACCCCCCUUGAAGCACAGAGUCAAGUUCGGGUUUUUUUUGUUUUUGUUUUUUGUUUUUUGGACAUCCGGUGGGGCCUCGCGCCAGACGAGGCACCAGUGAACUUCAUAAACUCAAGAAAAAAAAAUUUUUUGAAAAGAAAAACAAAGCAUUCCCUUUUGUUUCUACCAAAAUGUGUUGACCGACCCAGAAAAAAAAGAAAAAAGAAAUAGCAAAAAAAAAAAAGAAAAAAGAAAAAAAAAAAGAAAAAGAAAAAAUAUCUUCUGACCAACCUGUUUCGAUAUUCCAGAGUUUGAUAAUUGUUCCGAGACCCUGUCUAGUGCGCCUGUGUCCUGUGCGUCUGCGUGUGCGUGCGCGUGUGCUCAGGGGUGGCGGGGCCUCGGCCGUGUCUGUCCCGCCCAGCCCCCGCCAGGCCUGCUUAGGAGUGCGUGCUGGCGUGCAGUGGCGUGUGUCCUCUGGUCCAUGUUUACCGGCUGUAAAUACCAUUUUUAUACUCCACAUCAAAGACCUACGUGAUUUGUACGAUGUACUUUAUUUCUGCUACAAGUAAUUUCAUGAAGUUUCAACUUGCAAACCGACUUUUGGAGACAAACCGCGCCACACACACACGCACACAGAGAGAGAAAGAAAGAGGAGAAAAAGACUUGGAGGGAACUUUGGGUUGACUUGGUUUGAAUCUCGAGGUCCCUGUCACUGUGGCGUGUUUCAGGUGAGAAGCUGCAGACUUCAUCUUCAUGUCCAAAACGCCUCUCUUUGGUCUGGAGAAACUGAAAGUUUAUUUAAUAAAAAUUUUACUUGCUAAA